GUCGGCUCCAGGAAGUGCCGUGUAUGAGUGAGCCCGGCAGGAAGAGAGAGACAGCGCGAGCUCUGCUUCCUGCCGGGACGGGACCGAGCCUGCUACAUGAGCGGUGACAUUCUGCUGAAGACAUGAUUGAUAUAAAGGCCUGGGCGGAGUACAUAGUCGAAUGGGCUGCCAAGGACCCAUAUGGCUUUCUAACAACGGUGAUCCUGGCCCUCACCCCGCUCUUCAUCGCAAGUGCAGUACUCUCCUGGAAACUGGCUAAAAUGAUUGAGGCCAAGGAACGGGACCAGAAGAAGAAGCAAAAACGACAGGAAAACAUUGCAAAAGCAAAGAGAACAAAGAAAGACUGAGCGUAACACGGGCUAGUAACAUCAAAAACUGUUCAAAAACUAAAGACGCUUUUUAUACGUAUUAUUUUCUUCUAAUGAUUGUGGAAUGUCUGACCAAUUUGAUACUGUUAGCAUUUUAAACACUUGUCACUGCACAAAUAACAUGUUCUCCUUUUUCCUGAAUACUCUAAUGAUAUGAUUUACUGGUCGUCUUUUUCUUUUUAAUACUUUGUGAGUUUACUGUUCAGCUGCAUUGGCUUUCUCUGUCAUAAAGUUUGCAUACAUAAAUCAGAUCUAACUCCUCCA